AUGCAUAACGCACGGAAUACAAGUGUUGACUUUCAAAAGGUUUUUACGCAAAAUGCUACGAAAAAUAGUAAACAUCUAGUAUGCUUAAGCAGAAAUUCCAGUUUGGAGAAUAUCUUCGAAUGUUUUAUUCCAGAACCCGAAGAAUGGGUACUUGUUGCGGCUUAUGUUCUAACGUUUGUAGUCGGUGUUCUUGGGAAUAUUCUCGUCUGUUUUGCUGUUUGUAGAAACAAAGAGAUGCGAACAGUUACCAACAUAUUUAUGGUGAACUUGGCUGUGGCUGACCUAAAUGUUAUACUUGUUUUGUUGCCUUCGUCUCUGUUAGUCGACGUAACAGAAACAUGGUUGCUUGGAAAAGCAAUGUGUAAAAUCAGCAUUGCUCUUGGGACCACUUGUAUCGCCGUCUCCAUCUUAACUCUGUGUGCGAUCUCAUUAGAACGAUGGUACGCCAUAUGUCGGCCUCUCAGUUUCCAUAGCAACAUCAAGAGGGCCCGCAUCACCAUUGCCGCCAUUUGGGCAGUCUCUAUUGGCGUUGCCUUGCCUGAGCUCCUAGCUUCGACCUUGAUACCAUAUCGCCCAGACACAGUAUUCAGAACAAUGUGUUACCCUGCUCUUUGGAAAAGAAGAACGGUGGCGAACUUCCAGAUAUGUCUGAUGAUGUUCUUCUAUUUCCUGCCGCUUUGUCUCAUAGCCUGCCUGUACACGCAUAUUGCUGUCGUGCUCUGGAGGAAACGUGUUCCGGGGACAUCCGAAAUGCGUUCGAAUUUCCGCUCAGCGCAAAUAUCGAAGCGAGCAAGUACAGACAGCGACAAUCGGGUGUCUAGUCGAAGAAAGGCUGUUAAGAUGUUGGUGGUGAUUGUAGUGGUGUUUGCGAUGUGCUUCUUGCCUAACCACACACUCAACAUUCUAAGGUAUUUGGAGCAACUUAAAAAGGUUCCAAACCUGAGGAUGUUUGCUCUCAUCGCUCACUGGUGUACAUUUUUCAACAGCUGCAUCAACCCAAUUAUCUACAACUUCAUGAGCGACAAGUUCCGGAAGGAGUUUCGUGUUGCGCUCUCUCUGUGUCGCCACUGUAGUAGAGUCAGGACUCCGCAGGGAUCCAUGGUUCGUUACCAAAUGACUGCAGCAUAUACCAGGAACUUAACUGUGAAACUCAGCAACAACGAGACGGCAAUAACGAAAAGGAACAGCAGUUAA